AUGUUCAAGUUACUCGGAGGUCUGAGUGUGUACUUCAAGUACCAGCCAAUAAAGACUGACAAUGCUGUGUUCAGACUGCACAAUAUAUUCACAACGGUGCUGCUGCUUGCUUGCUCGGUGAUCAUAACUGCGACGCAGUACGUCGGGCAGCCGAUACAAUGCAUCGUCGGGAAAGGUAUCCCCGAGCAUGUCGUGAACACCUUCUGCUGGAUCACUUCGACGUUCACUAUGCCAGAUGCCUUUGCGAGAGAGGUCGGCAAGGAGGUGGCGCAUCCGGGUGUCAUGAACGAAUACGACAGCUCACAGGAUAAGAAGUACUACACCUACUACCAGUGGGUGUGUUUCGUGUUGUUCCUUCAGGCAAUUAUGUGCUACACUCCAAAGUAUUUAUGGGACGCGUUCGAAGGUGGUCUCCUACGCACCAUCGUCAUGGGGUUGAACGUUGGGGUCUGUCGCGAACAAGAGAAGGAGAAGAAGAAGGACGCCAUCAUCAACUAUCUCAUAAGACACGAGAGGACGCACAAACUCUACGCGUUGAGGUACUGGGGCUGUGAACUUCUGUGCCUCAUCAACAUCGUUGCCCAGCUGUGGAUGAUGGAUGCCUUCUUCAACGGCGAGUUCUUCUCUUACGGCACGCGUGUUCUGGGGUACAGCGAAGUACCACAGGAAGAAAGAUACGAUCCAAUGAUCUACGUGUUCCCUCGCGUCACGAAGUGCACCUUCCACAAGUAUGGUGCGUCCGGGACCAUACAAACGCACGAUUCGCUAUGCAUCUUGCCUCUGAACAUCGUCAACGAAAAGACUUACGUCUUCCUGUGGUUCUGGUACAUCAUAUUGGCCGUCAUACUUGUAUUGCUCGUUAUAUAUAGAUUAAUAAUAAUCUUCGUGCCAUCUGUGAGGCCUCGUCUACUACACGCCAGGUCACGUACCAUCCCCAUGGAGUCAGCGGUCAUCGUGUCCACUCGCACGGACGUGGGCGACUGGUGGCUGCUAUACAUGCUCGCCAGGAACAUGGACCCGCUUAUAUAUAGAGAUCUAAUAUCGGAGCUAAUAAAGCGAAUGGGGGAGAAAAGCGGCCCCCGAGCGUGA